UUUUAAACUGAACUUCAAGGCAACCUCUUGAAGAACACAAUGAAGAAUUUCUAAGUUUUUUUCUUCCUGCAACUUCACUACAUUUGAAUUGUCCUCAACCUCAGGGAUUGUUACAGGAAGAUGAGUGUGAAGAGGAAAAAGGCUGGGCUGGUGAUCAGCUGGCAGAAGUCCAUCUCCAUCCUGGCUCCUUGGAGGAAAGGGAAAGGAGACAGAGAUGCGGUUCUGGACAGUGAGGUUGUUCUGACCAAAAUGAAGCUCUUCAGCAACUUCCAUGAGAGGCUCCUGAUGGUCGACGACUCAGAUUCCACCAUCUCAACAGUGUCGGUUUCAGAGCAGGACAUCUUGGACCACACCAAAACCUCUGACGGGAAUUCCCAUCUUGAUGACAUGUCCGGGCAGCCUCGUAUGGAGUCCGGCUCAGACUACCUGUCUGCCAUUUUCUCAGAAUCUCAGCUGCAGAGGUUAUACAAGUUUGAGUCGGACGACUCUGGAGUGGAGCUGCCCAGUGGCGCUUGCUCUCCGUCCACCCAGACAGGCUCUGAGCAGAGCUUCAUGGUCCACAGUCGGGAGUCCUCCUGCAACUCCUGCAACCUGAACUCUGACCCUGCCACUCUCCCUGAUGAACAAAUCACAUAUGCAGAGAGCUCUGAGAUUAAACAGGCACAGGAUGUAGUGGAUAAUAGUCUGAGUAUGGCAGUUGAUACUCAGGAUAAUGUAUUCAUACACUCAGAGGAACUCAAUUCAGCUGUGAGUGUGAAACUGCACAUAGGUGAGGGAGUGGACACGGACCAGUGCCUGGCUUCAGGAAUCAGCCCUGAAGAAGAUAAGGAGAUGUCUGGGCAGCUCGAGGAAAACUAUGUUGUUACUGAAAGGACAUGCUUAGAAGGAGCCAGCGAUGACAUGACGGCCAAUAACUUUGAAUCAGAGCCUAUAAGGAGGAGUGCCACCAGUGACAGCCUGGAAGAGUAUAUGGACGAAUGCUGCAGGCUGAGUGAGGCACAGCAGGCGAGUUCCAACCCUCUGGGUUCUGGCCUGGGUUACCUGGAUCACAUCUGCCAACUCAUAGAGAAGAUUGGCCAGCUGCAGGAGACCAACCUCCAGCUGCAGAGGCAGAUCUGCAGCCUGCAGAAGGACGGCAGGAUGACGAAGACCAAAGAGGACUUUUUCCAGCAUCACUGCAGCUGUGGAGCAGCCAGCCUGGCUUUCCAGGACAUUCAGAAGAGACAGUCCAGAAGUGAGUUUUUGUCACCCAGUGGAACCCUCUCUGACCUAUCCACCAUCCAUGAGGUCACCCGGCUUCCACUCAUACCAACCAGGGAAGAUUUGAGCAGUGAGGGUUUGACACCCGUCCCACUGUGGAGGAGAGGCUUGAACCGAAGGAGUUACACUGAGGGGGAGGUCUCCUUCCUCGGGGACAGCACCGAAGGACUAUCCAUUCCCCAGCGCAGGCUGAGUGAAAACUACACAUGGGGCAGAGUCAAAGACCUGGUGAGGAAAACUAAGACGAGGAACCAAAGCAGGCUGGGACUGACUUCAGCCUCACUGAAGAUGUCCUGCCCACAACUCUACAUGCCUGAUCUGGAACCAGUCGAACCUGCUUGCAGAAACAGGAACUCCAUGAUAGCCUUGGGCCACCAGAGCAAACUGGACUUCCCUUGGCUACAAUAAACAUUCAAGAGGUGCGGACUACGAGUGACGUACUUAAAGGUCUAGCAUCAGAUACCAGCAUGCAAAAUGAACCAAUCAUCAUGUAAUUUGUUGCAAAAGCUGUCAAACUGGGAAAAUAUAGGAUGAUAGGGUCCAGGUGAAACAAAGAGUAAAGAAGCAAAGAGACAAAACUCUACUUUGCAAACCAACACUACAGGGCACUGCUGUAGCACUGCUGCCAUUUUGGACUGGAAACCCAAUUAAUCUGUGGCCAUGGAUGUAUUAAGAGACAUCUGUAAAUCACAGGAUAAUUUCUUGUGGUAAGUCAGCAUCCCAAUACAAACUCUGAAAAAGCCCUCAUUUAUAUUUUUAUGCUCUAAAAGUUGUAAAGUUACCCAACAGCUUAAUCCAGAGUUAUUUUCCUCGGCAAAAUCAGAGUGUUUAUAUGAAACUAACUGUAUAUUGCAGUGAACAUCAAACGUACAGGUGAUAUUGUCUUGAAUAAGACCAUGACUAUAUGUGUAAAAUGAUCUAUACUGUGACAUAAUUGACCUGCAUUAUACAUUCUGUGUAGUGUAGUGACUCUGUACACUUCUAUAGGUUUACAUUUGGAUGCUGCAAAAUCUGUAACAAUCCAACUACUGUGAAACAUUUCAGAAUUUGCUAGAAAAGUGCUGUUUUUCUAUGGUGGUCUAGAUAUACAUACAGUUUGGGGAACUGAGAGCAAAAGACCCAAAAUGAAUAUUGCAAAGUUGCUAUGUCUGCUAUUAAAAAACAAAACGUUGCAAGUUCGCUCAUCCUUAGCAUAAUAGAUGGAGAACAGAAAAUAAUUAUAAAAAUACCAAUAAUGACUUUCUUCUUAACAAAUAAAGCAUCUGCUUUGUUGGUUACGACAAGCAAACACCAAACAGGGCAUUCCAAUUUCACCAUCAUAGCUGGUAAUGCUUCAGCAAUAUCGUUUGGAUAUUAUGAUACCAAGGGAUCCUUCAUUACUGCAUGCUAUUAUACUCCAAAAAGGAAAUACAAUGUCUUAACUGUAAACUGUAAUAAGUGUCAGCUCAGUCAGUAAAAGAUAUGUUACAUUUUGUAAGACAACUGUUUUUUUUAUAAAUUAUAUCUGAUGUUCAUCUGCAUGACAUCAGACAACUGUAUAUGUGUUUUGUAUGUU